UUCCCAAAAGUGAUGGGCCUCAUAGAUGGCACCCACAUAAGAAUUAGGGCACCGUCAGAAGACGAAUAUAUGUAUGUAAACAGGAAACAGUUUCAUAGCGUAAACGUGCAGGUGGUUGUGGAUGGUGAAGACAAAAUCAUCGACAUUGUAGCCCGCUGGUCGGGAUCUGUUCACGAUGCCAGAAUUUUGCGAGAAAGUGGCCUAUCCCAGCUCUUAGAUAAUGGGUUUGGAGGCCAUGAACAGUUCCAUCUACUGGGUGAUAGCGGCUAUCCUAGUACGCGAUGGCUGCUUACACCAUAUCUGAACCCCCAAGGUUUAGCACAAGAAGCUUACAACAGAAGCCACAAAACAACAAGAUCCAGGGUAGAGAAAGCCAUUGGACAGCUGAAGAGGAGAUUUGGUGUGCUCCAUACAGAGAUUACCCUUUCACCAGAAAAAGCCUACAAAGUAGUCAUCACUUGUGCUGUGUUGCACAACCUGUGUAAAGCAAGAGGGAUUCCAUUUGCUGACAACCAAGAUGAUGACAAUGGAUAUAACAACAAUGGUGAUCCAAGGCCACAAGACCAAAUGCCCGGUUGA